AUGGCGGCAGAACUACCCAUCCCGAUCUUCACCUCCCUUAACAUGGCGUUGCCAGAUCUCCAAACGGCGGCGGCGGAAGGAGUUCGCUACGACUCCAUGGUCAAAGAGUAUGAGAGUCGGUUCGGUCAUAAGCCUACAUAUAUCGCUCGUGCACCCGGACGAGUAAACCUCAUUGGCGAACAUAUCGACUACGUCCUCUUCGGCUGUUUCCCUGCUGCGAUCGAGCGCGACAUCCUCAUCGCAUGUGGGCCUUCGCAGUCUGCGUCGGGCACCAGCACUCCCAGCUCGCACCCACCCGGGGGUGUGAAGGCCGAGAACCUUGAUCCCAAGUACAAGCCGCAACACUUCGUCCCGAAGUUCAACUCCGCACUCGGUCCCUCCGCAGCAGAGGAAGCGGACGCAGCGAGCAACGUGCAUGCAGAGACGUCAUGGCAUCUGGACAUCGAUAAGCGCGAGUUGCGCUGGGAGAGCUAUGUUAAAGCUGGCUACUAUGGCGUGCUCAGUCGAUUCUUCUCCUCGACGACAGAGCACCCCGUUCCCGUCGAUUUGCUCGUCAAUGGCUCUGUGCCCUCCGGUUCUGGAUUGUCUUCAAGUGCCGCGAUGGUAGUGUCAUCCACGCUCGCGUUCCUGGCCGUCAACAACAAGCUGGAAGGUAUCACCAAGGGACAGCUUGUCGAAAUGUCAAUGGAAAACGAAAAGCGGGUCGGAGUAAACAGCGGCGGACUUGACCAAGCAGCGUCGGUCAUCUGUACCCCUCACUCCGCCAUUUUUGUAGACUUCUUCCCUCGUCUCUCUGCCGAGCCCAUCCCUCUCCCAACCCCUCGCACAAUCCCGCGCGCCGUCUUUGUUUGUGCAAACUCGCUCGUUGUGAGCGACAAGGUCGUCAGUGCCAAGAUCCACUACAACCUCCGUGUCGUCGAGACCCUGGUUGCUGCACGUAUCCUUGCGAGUCGUCUCGGGUUGUCUCUCGGCCCCUCUGACCGGCCCCGAAUUCGCGAAAUAUUCUCGCGCUGGCUCGGCUCACCCGAACUCGAGUCCAGUCCAGAGAAGGUGAAGGCGGGCCUAGAGCGCUUCCUUCCAGAGAUCGAGAAGCUCAAGCCGUCGCCGGAAGGUCGCCCCGAGGGCGAACUCGGUGUCACGAUGAAGGAGAUGGUCGAGUGGAGCGGUCUCACAGAGGCGCAGUUCCACCAGGUGUACCUCUCGUGGGUCGAUGUCGAAGCCGAGUACUUCCAACUGUACAAGCGCACGCUGCACGUCAUCACGGAAGCGAUCCGCGUGCUCGAGUUCCGCGAGGUCUGUCUGCGCGCACAGGCGGCCGAGGGCGAACUGCCCGACGACACGCUUCGCGCGCUCGGCGCGCUGAUGGACGCGUCGCACGAGAGCUGCUCCAAGCUGUGUCAGAGCUCGUGCCCCGAGGUCGACCAGCUUGCGGAGCUCGCCCGCGCGUCUGGCGCGUACGGCUGUCGCAUCACCGGCGCUGGCUGGGGCGGAUGCACGGUGUCGCUUGUCGCGGAGGACAAGGUGGACGAGUUUAUCGCGAAGGUUAAGGAGGGUUACGCGCCUUACAAGAAUCUGGAGGGCGACAAGCUACGCGAGGUUAUAUUUGCGACGAAGCCGAGCUCUGGAGCGUUUGGUCAGUCGUGA